AUGGAUAUUAACGAUACGUUUGGUGCAAUGCUUAUUGGUGCGUUGGUCACGAUGGUCACCUACGGAAUUACAACGUUACAAGCGUAUUUCUAUUACAUGACCUACCCGCAAGAUAGUAACGGGGUAAAAUCUUUUGUUCGUGGGCUUAAUAUGGACUUUGGACACAGUUCACGUCGUAUUUAUGUGCCAUGCGAUACACUGGUAUUUGGUCGGAGCGCAAAUAUCUUCAUUGUGACUCGUCGCGCUUACUCUAGUCAAGAUUGCUGGAUUCGGAAAUCCCGCCUAUUUAGUGGAAGGAACAUGCCGAAAGUCAGCGGUAUCUGUGACGCAAAUUUGACACAACUAGUCCUCGAUCAUGAUCAAUGUGAUAAUAGGAUUCCUGGUGCAAUGUUUCUUCACUCAACGGAUACACCGGUGUACGCUCUCGAACCUGCUCUCCUCCCAGUUUUUCACUAUGGUUUCUCAGUGUGUCCCGAACCGUACAAAUGGUGGAUGACAUCCGUGGUCGGCUCAAUGGUCUUUGCCCAUUUUUGUUUUGGCUUAGAAACUGUCGGUCAAUUUUUCGUCAGGAAGGAAUUCAGCAGACUCCACGAAGUGAAUUUUGUUGCUGUGUUACCGUUUGGCGCCACUGCUAUUCUUUCCGAUAUUUUAAUUGCGAUCGGUUUAUGCCUUCUACUCGAGCGGAGCCGAACGGAUUUCGCAAACACAAAUUAUCUAAUCAAGACUCUUAUUGGAUACGCGAUCACGCGUUGCCUCCUGACAUCUCUUAUGGCUGUCGUUGAAGUCAUCGUCUUCGUUACCAAGCCUAACUCCUUCUACUCCUUCGCUAUUGACUUUGUUAUCGGGAAGCUCUGGUCGAACUCACUGCUAGCAUCGCUUAAUUCACGAAGAUCUUUACGGGAUACCUUCAAUAGAAAGGAUAGUGGCUCCAUGUCCAUAGGUUUCCGUGUAGCAUCGCCGGAACUUAGCGCAACAGGCGCUGAACCUGGCCAAAUCAGUCUCGUCCGGAUACCGAGACAAGGCGAAAGCAAAAGUUCUGAUGAAGAAAGUGGUUCAUGCACCGUAAGUCCACGACGCAUGAGGCAUAUAGCCUACCGAAAGGAGUAACUGAUAUCUUCAAACAGAAAAUCAGUACACAAGCAAGUCGACAGUCAUCGGAAGUUCGGUUUAGCGUGGUUGAUACACAACGAACGAAGUAACGAUU